AUCAGAAUACUAGUUUCCAGUUUCUGAGAUAAGAUUGCGGUCGCAAUCUAAAGAGAGUGUAAAAUCUAGGAUUAGAUGGCAUCUCGAGGAAUAAAGCAACGUGUAAGCAAUUAUACAAGUUUCGAUUUUGAUGCUCUAAUAAAAUAAUGUAAAUGGCAAUUUUAGUCAAAACAGCCGCAGCUAUACAACCGCUGGGGAUGAUUUGCGAUAUGAGAAGGUAUCCUCUCAUCAUCCCCAUUCACCACAAGAUAUGGCCAAGUCUCUGCACGCAGUCAUGGUGCCAUUCCCUGUACAGGGGAGCAUCAAUCCUCUAAUGCAAUUGGCCCACCUGCUCUCCGAAAAGGGUUUUUACAUUACCUUCGUUAACACAGAGUGGUGUCAGCGCCGCAUGCUAGAUGCUGAUGAACAAGCGCCUCUAGGGUUUCGAUUCCUGAGCAUCCCGGACGGCUUACCAGCAGAGCAUGGUCGUCUUACUGAUCUUGUUGAUUAUUUGAGCGCACUGGAAAAUUUAGCCCCUGUUCUGGAGCACCAUCUUGUUGCCACUCUUUCGGGAGAUGUUCCUCCCAUCACAUGUAUUAUUGGUGAAGGCUUUAUGUCUUGUACUUACCAGCUCGCCCUAAAUCUCCGAGUGCCCAGAGUUGUACUCUGGACGAUGUGCGCGGCCUUGUCUAUUUCUCAGUUUAAAGCCGAAUUACUUCUCUCACAGGGACACAUUCCUGUGAAAUUGGGAGAAGCGAAGAGGCCCGAGAAUUUGAUCACCUGUUUGCCGGGGAAUCUCCCACCUCUCUUGCCAACCGAUCUCGUCUCCUUCUACCGCGCCGAGAGUGCCUCAGAUGCUUUAGUCAAAAUAUUUUUGUAUGAAAGCCAAGUGCAAAACAAAGGAGAAUAUGUGCUCGUGAACACGAUGGAGGAGUUGGAAGGAAGGGAAGCAGUAGCAGCACUGUCUAUAAACGGCUGUCCUUCUGUGGCAGUGGGUCCUCUGUUUCUUCCCAAUUUUCUGGCUCAAAGAGAUGUCCUCCGGUCUACAAGUAUGUUCGCGGAGGAUGAUAGCUGUCUUCGAUGGCUGGAUGCCCAGCAGAUGGGUUCUGUGAUUUACGUUUCCUUUGGCAGCAUCGCCGUCAAAUCGAAGCAACAGCUCGAAGAGAUCGCGCUAGGGUUAGAAAACAGCCAGAAGCCUUUUCUGUGGGUUUUGAGAAUGGAUAUUGCACAAGGGGAGCCUGGUGAUUUGCCCCAAGGGUUUUUAGAACGGAUCAGAGAUAGAGGGUUGGUUGUGAGAUGGGCACCGCAGCUGAAGGUGUUGUCCCAUCCUUCUGUUGGGGCAUUUCUUACCCACAGCGGAUGGAACUCUGUGAUGGAGAGCAUCAGCUUCGGAAUUCCUAUGCUGGGAUGGCCAUAUUUUCUGGAUCAGUUUCUCAAUUGCAGAUUUGUGAAGGAUGUGUGGAAGAUUGGAAUGGACUUUGAGGGCGUUGAUGUCGAUGAAAGCAAGUUUGUUACGAGAGAAGAGGUGGAGAAUGGAGUGAGGAGGAUUAUGGAAUGUGAAGAGGCGAGACAACGGGUGUUGAAAUUGAAGGAGGCAGCUGUUAAAGCAGUUAGUCCGGGUGGAUCUUCUUUCCUCAACUUAAACAAGUUUAUCCAAGAGAUUGCUCAAAUUGCCAAAUCCUUUCCACAUUGAAUACUUACCUCGGAGUUCGUAAUUGUCAAGCCAUGCCGUCUAUGCUUAAGGUUAUGAGAGACUAUUAAAUUUAUUUUCAGAAUUUCAGGACUUCAACGAGUUGCAGAGUCGUUUUUCCUCCAUUAGAAUCAGCAUUAUAUCAUAACUACUAUUCAUGCAUUAAUUAAUAGGAGUUUUGUGCACACCAGGUCAUAUUGAUCCAUGUUUUAUGAAUAGUGGUUGUCAAGAAUUUAUUUUUCAUGAUAUUGAAUGGUACAUUUAGCAUUCAUUGUAUCUAGGUGAUGCUCACAAGGUGAAGCAUUGAGUUAUUUCAUAACUACCAUUUACUCAAUGGUAAGUCAAAUAAUGAUAUUGUUAUUUGGUUUCAA